CAAGAGAUGCCAUGUGGCGGAGGGACCGAUAACUACCAGGAGGAUGUCUAAGUCUUCACUCUGAUCUCUGACUACGAAGUUUUCGGAUCUGUCUACGAGAUCUGCCGACCGGCACGGAUAGCCGCGUGGAAGAAUUGGUCCCGCCGAUUAGAAUCGCGUCCACGAGACUCUCGCGACAUCGGGAUGGAGUGAUCUUCCUCGAAACCUUUUCGAUUGAGCAGUGCAACUUGUUUCCCAUUUCUUUCGCGCAAUCUUUGUAAAUACUAAGACGAAAGUGCGUCCGUGCCGUACAUCUCGAGUAACACGUGUAAUAGAUUGAUGCGAAGUGAUUUGACACUUUUGUGUGUUUUGUAAGAUCCGUAAUUUUGUUCUUCUCGAAAAUCAGUCUUUUAUGACUGAAUAAGUCAUGUCUGAGCUGCGUCGGUCGAUGAAUAUGCAAAGAUUGCCGCAUGGAUAUAAUACAGCGAACAGUAGUUGAGCAACUUAAAUAAGGAGCGACGCGCGAGGGUGGAAUCUUAGUGGUUUUAGUGAAUCAGAGCGGAAAAUCCUCGUACUUUGGAUAAAAUUGGCCUGGAGCCUUGGACUCGAUAAAGUUAAACGAAGAAGUUGAAGGGGGAAGUUAACACUGACCAUCGAGUGCGUUCGUGUUCUCUCCGGGAUUCAUCAUCCCUUCUAGACACAAGAAGAGAAAAGCAAAUUAGCUACCAUCGCGAUGAAUAGAAGCGCUAUUGCGAUUUUAUGACAGGUACUUUCAACGUCGGCCAUCUCCGUCUACAGAUCAACUAACUUUUGAUUACAACCUGAACUGUCGAAAGAUUAUAUCUUUCGGAUAUUAUCAUCCAGCGAAUUUUUUACAUCAAAUCUUUCUCCACUUGAAGCACGAUCGGAGGAAAUCGGAUGAAUGCUUGUUUGAUGGAGUACGCGGUGAUCAAGACACAGGUGAUGUCAUUGAGAGAAAAUUUAAUUAAACCACACGCGAUUUUGCAUCGCUUCCGUUAGUCUCGUUCGUGAUGAGUUCGCGUAAGGGUGAAUACGUGGACGGAUCGGGGUGCUUCGAGGACUGCCUGAAGUGAUCGAGUACAGUGAUCGUCACACGUUUUCUCGACGGAUCGCAUGAGAUGAUGACCUUCGUGACGGAUACGGUGCCCUACGCCUACGAAGCGGUCACGAGAUCAGCCUACGACGGUUAUCGUCAUCAUUUACAUCAUCAUCAUCAUCAUCACCAUCAUCAUCCUCAUCAUCCCCAUCGGUAUCGACGUGUUUAUACGCCAACCGAAUCCGAAUAUCUACAGGAAUACGUCACCAGGAGGGACACGGACGAUCGCGCGAGGAUUAUCGGCGUUAACAACGCUUUAGCGUCGGCCGGCUCAUUGAAUUAUCGCAACGACCGAGUCAGGUCGCAAUCUCGGUAUACCCUUGAUUCGGAUGACGCCUCGUCAGUAAUAUCGGCGGAUGCAUCGGCUGACCUCGAGUCCGGCUCUGCAGACGCUGACGAGACCAACGAGCUUAACGAGACCAACGAGACCAACGAGACGAGCGAAACGAACGAGGGCGAGUCGAUCGAGCAUGUACCUCAUCCUCACGUUUUGGAUGUCGGCUCACCGCAUGGACCGCGCAGGUGUCUUCUGUGGGCCUGCAAGGCCUGCAAGAAAAAGACGGUCACCGUCGAUCGAAGGAAAGCUGCCACCUUGCGCGAGAGACGGCGCUUGAGAAAGGUCAACGAGGCCUUUGAGGUGCUCAAGAGGAGAACGAGCAACAACCCCAACCAACGUUUACCUAAAGUGGAGAUAUUGCGGAAUGCUAUCGAGUAUAUCGAGAGUCUCGAGGCGCUGCUGCAAGGAAAUAGACCUUCCGGACACCAGGAUCACCCUUCCGCUGAGAGCAUAAAUGGAGAGUCGCCGCAGUACGUGACGGACAGACUUCGGCAAUUCUCGGAUCCUUUGGCAAGGUUUCAACCAAUUAACGAUAGCUUAGCGUUACAUUGUGGAUUGUGUAUCUCCGGACAGACCAUUAGCGACUGUACUCGGGCUUUGAGGAAUAUUAAUACUAUUUCUAAUCGUGUUAUGAUUUUGCUUGGCUCGGUUGAUGUUUAUAAUAACGCCACUUGCGAGGAAAUGGUAUACGAUAUGACGGAACUCUUGCAAGUUCUCCGGUCUAAGUUUCAUCUUUCAAAUACAGCCAUCACUAUCUGUACUCUUCCACCUUUGGCUAACCUCAGCAUUUACGCUCAUAAGAAACAAAGUAUGGCGUUGCUUUCCUUCAACAAUUGGAUAAGAUCUCUGACGGAUGAUCCGUCUAAAAGAGAUCCAUCUUUUAUCAACUAUUCUGUAAUAGAUUUAUACGAAAAGUUCUGCUUUGACGAAACGUAUGUCACAAACUACGAUUGGUAUCAAACUCAAGCGCGUAGAGUGUCCGGCACCAAACAUUCCUAUGUACUGUGGAACAUGAAGGGACGGAAGCGAACUAUGAGCUUCAUCUGCGAAGAGGAAGACACAGAUCAAUCCAGAAGUCUCAGCUCGUUGUCAAUGCAAUGAGUUAUCUGAGAUCUUUCGUAUAUAAACACCAUACAAAAAAAGAAGCAGAACGGUACAUCCUAGAGGCCUUAUUCGUCAUUCGGCGAAGAACGCUUUAUUGAGGAACAUCUAGGUGUACUCUCCUGCUUUCUUCGUAGAUGUGUGCCUAAAUAUCGCAAACAAGUCCUGAUUUAUAUUUGAGACCAUUCUGUCUAUGAAGAAAAAAAAUUGUAUAACACCAUCCGGAUCAAUCGUUUCAUUGUCUAAUAUCUAAUCGAGCAGCCAUUUCGCAUGAGAAAUUAGUUCAACGAACAAUGGCCGGAUAUAUGGUCCCUGCUUUACUGCAAAAUAACUAAGCAGAGAGAAGUAAUACAUAUGUUUUGUACACACAUGUGUACAAGUAUAUAGUUUAAAUAUCUGUAUUUUCAAAUAGACGACAAGCUAAUCGUCAGAUUUAAUUUCGUUUGUUCACGUGUCAAAGAAAUGAUUAUUGACUUAUAUUUAGUCUGUUUUCAAUUUACAUAAGUAUGAUAUCUCCUAUUUGCGAUUUAGAAUUUACUCAAUUCACGGCAACGGAAAUGAUUAAACAACAGUUCGAUAACAAGCUCGUGUUUAAGUAUUGAAAAAGUAUAGUGUAUUUUUAUAAUUAAAUGCGGGUAAUUUAAAAAUGACACGCAUACUUUUUUUUAAAAAAUCUUAACUUUUCCUAAUAAAUGGAGUG